AUGGACAUGGACACAGGCAGCAACAACACAGCCACCCAACUCCCCUCCUGCGCCGACACCGAGGACGACGACACCACCCUCGGCCCGCUCACGCCCGUGUCCCGCCACCACUCGGCCGGCUUCAGCAGGCGGCGGGAGUCCUCGUUCUCGGAGGCGGCGGCAUCGUUCACGACGGAGGAUUUUGCGAGGACGCCGCAGGAGGCGGCGGGCGUGGGGUUUUGCAGCGUGGGUGCGGGGAUGGUGCAGGUGGUGCAGGUCUCGGGGAAGGCGGCUGUGGUGGGGGGAGAUGAUGUGGGGUUGGGGGAUGAGGAGGAGGAGGUGGGGGAGGUGGGUAUGCUGGUGGUGAAUGGGAAUGGGAAUGGGGGAGAGGUGGGGAACGAGGGGGAGGAGAAGGACGUGGAGAUAUAUAUCAAUGGCGCCCUCUACACCCUCCACGCCGACGCCAUCCUCCGCCCCACGCCCACGCCCAUGCCCACGCCCACAGCCCUCCCCAUCCCCACCGCACCCUUCACCGGCUACGCAAUCCGGUCCAACAGCAUCUUCAAGCCCCUCGGCGGCAGCCCGGCGGCCAUCGACCUCACCACGCUCUACCGCGUCACGCCCACCUCCACUACCACCCCCAACGGCAAUGACAGCGAAAAAAACACCUACCACCGCAUCAAGCCCGUGCAGCAGCUGCUGUCCCGCGGCACAAGUGGCCAGGAGGAGAAUAUGUACAUCUACGACAACCAGCAGCAGGGCUUCGUGCGCACAGACACAACGGCGCGAUUCCCAGCUGAGGAAGCACUAUCACUGCGCGGCCUGGGGGAGCCGGGGGAGGUGGGGGAGGGGAACUGCGAAGAGCUAUUUGCGUCAGCAGAGCGUGCGCUGCGGCGGGUAGAGCGGGAAGAGGCGGUGCGGCGGAAAAAGAGCAAGAGCAAGAAGGAGAGAGAGAAGAGGUUCCCGUCCAUUGCGACGCAGGUGGCGCAGUUCCAGCCGAGUCACAGCUCGCCGCUGGCGGGGCCGGCGAUUGCGUUUCCACCGCCGCUACCACCACCACCGCAGACACCGCCGCCGCCGGUGAUCAUCGAAAGACUAGUAUCUGACCAAUCGACAGGUACGGGCGGCGGGCAGGGCCAGAGCUCAUGGCUGAACAUCGAUCUACCGCUACAGCGCCCCGGCACACCCGCACCACACAGCUCCAUCUUCACCGAAUCCGCACCCUACACGCACCCGCUCCCCCCCGUGCCCACCAUCCCCGCCGCCGCCGCCCACCACAACCACCCCCGCUCCCGCGCCCCCUCCGUAACCAGCUCCAUCACCUCCCACAUCUCCCAAUGGACCACCCGCUUCUCCCCCCGCCGCAUCUUCGCCCCCGCCACAGCCUGCCGCACCCCCCAGCAGCAACAACAUACAGACCUCUACGCCCCCGCCAUCACCCUCCAACAGCUAGUGAACGAAUGCGUACUAGUCCUCUGCCUCUACGGCCACCGGCGCUCGCGCGACCCGCGCAUCGCGCGCCUGCCGCUGCCAAACGCCGUCAGCGACGACGACUUUGACGACCGCGAGCUGCUGACGCAGAUGCGCGCGCGGUAUAAUGCGCUCCGCGGGUUCUGGCGGCGCGUGUUGUCGCUGAGGGGGUUGAGGCGCAUUGCGGUUGUUGAGUAUCACCGCGCAGAACGUCACGUUUCGUCCACGUUCCAGGGACCGACGCAUUCGCCUACUCGGCUGCUGGAGUGUUAUCUGCACCCAUACAAGUGCACAGGCGAGCGGCACUGGGUCGAGUGGGCGCACCGGCUUUCGCUCGAUGAGGACCGCUAUGCGCUGGAGUUUGUCGAGGCGUGGCGGGCGGACAAGGUUGUUCUUGCCGGCGUGGUGCCGCUGUCGCUGAGCGUGAUUGCGGGCGUGGUGUGGGGGCUGUAUGGGCCUGACCAGAGGCACCUGGCGGCGUUUGUGCUCGCCAUAUUGGUGGUGGUGUUUGGGUGGUCGGUGGUGGCUUUGAUGGCUGUCGUGAGCUAUCUGGUUUAG